AUGGAACUUGCAUCUCUUAAUAGGAUGGUUGCUCUUUCCAGACAAGAGUUGCGGAAAAACAAUGAGCAGAGCUAUGGACAUUCCAUUAUCAAAUUGAUGAAUUUUUUAAGGUCAAAAAGCCAAGAAAACCAAGCUUCCUUAAAAAGAUUUCCCAAGAGAAAUUGUGAAAUUACUAACAAAAAUAAGGAAAGAUUAGGGAUUUCUCAUGAUUAUCCAAAAGUGAAAUCAAAUGUUGUAAUCCCAACUGCCAUGUCUAUGAAAAAUAUUUUUCCUAGUUUAAAGAAAAUAAAAUUCUCAGCAAGCCCUCAAACAAAAUCUUUUAACUCCUCAAAAAAAUACAUAAAAUUUUUCAUAGUAAAAGCAUAUAAAAAAUAACUCAUAAAUUUAUAUAUUUAAUCUGCCCAGCUUUGUUUAAAUAGUAUUCUAUAUGUAUUAUUCCUUUUAAAUAAGGUAAAUUUUUGAUUUUGGUGAGAAUUAGCAUUAAAUUACAUAUCAAAGCUAUUUGCAUAUAAAUUAUUUUUACCAUUAAAAUUAAAAUUUAAUUUAAUUCAAAAUUUAGCACUAAUUUAAAUGGUGUAGUAAGAUGUUUCAGACACCUUUAAACGAAGAGUAUUUCCAUACAAAAGCAGGAGAUAAACUUAAUCGGCAAUAUUCAAGUGUCAUUAAGUCAGCAAAAGGUGCUGAUAUCAGCAAAUUGGGAUACUCCAAGAAUGCUGAAAAUAAUGAUGAUUCAAUAGUGAGACCUUUUAUUAAAUCUUUAAGCCCAACUUCAACAAGAAGGGCAAAUGAGCUAUAGAAAUUGCCCGAGGAUGGCGCUAUUUUGAGCCAUCCUCGGGCAAUUCAAAAAAAAUGGCCCCACUCGGGGAUUGAACCCACGUGUGGGGCUAUUUUUGGUACGUGGAAAUCAAUAUUCUCCACAUACCAAAUAUGGCCCCACACGUGGGUUCAAUUCCCGUGUGGGGCCUGUUUUUUGAAUUGCCCGAGGAUGGCGCAAAAUAGCGCCAUCCUCGGGCAAUUUCUAUACCAACGGAACUCUCAAACGUUAUCAAAAGAAUAGAAAAGCAUCAUAAAACCAUUAAAAAGAAAUUAGAUAUAUCUUGUGAAGAAUUUUCGUCAAGAAACAUAUCAUUUCUAAAGAAAAACAAAGCAAUGAGAGAAAUUUCAUUUAUCAAAGAUAAGAAAGAAGCAAAAGAACUUUUUGGCAAUGAAGAAAUAAUAGGGUGGGAAAAAGAUAGCUCGCCAACCCCAACAAUGCGAAGUAAGUUUUUUCCAUAA